AUGUCCAACUCAACACCCACCCCCCUCCCAAAAUACAUCUACAAAAUCCUCCCCUCCACCCCCGCACCACCCACUCCCCUCCCCGCCUCCCUCCCCCUCUCCGCCCUCGACUCCCGCCACAACUUCAUGCACCUCAGCACCUCGUCCCAGAUCCUCCGCACCCUCCAGAAUUUCUUCUCCUCAGAAUCCCACGUGUACAUCCUCCGGAUCCCGUACGAGCGAGUCGCGAGGUUUAUUGUUUGGGAGGACACCAAGGGGAAUGCGCCGCCUGAGAAUGAGGGGGCUUGGGAUGUGGAUCAGAGAAGGGAGUUCUUUCCGCAUGUUUAUGGGAAUGCGGGGCCUGGGGAGGGGGAGCAGGGAUUGAAGAUGGGGAGGGAGGAGGUGGAGAGUGUGGGGGUUUGGAGGAGGGGGAGUGGAGAGGGGAGUUGGAGGGUUGAAGGGUGGCCGUUUGGAGAGGAUGGUCCGAGGGAGUGA